GCAUGCCCCGCGCUCAGCUGUCAGUGGUUGGAGGGCAGUUCCCGGCGUGCAGUGCGGCUCCAUGCUGAUGUCCUGAAGAUGCCGAUGAAGGGGAGAUUCCCGAUCCGCCGGACCCUCCAAUAUCUGCAGAGCGGCGAGAUCGUCUUCCGGGAUCCGGUCCGGAUCAUGACUGUCAACUACAACUCCCUGGGGGAGCCCGGCCUGGGGGCCAGAAAUUUUGUGUUCUUUAAUAUUCCUCAAAUCCAGUAUAAGAAUCCCUGGGUUCAGAUCGUGACCUUCAAGAACAUGACCCCGUCUCCGUUCCUGCGCUUUUAUUUAGACAACGGCGAGCAGAUUCUCGUUGACAUGGAGGAAAAGAGCCACACGGAAAUUGUGCAGCACGUGAAGAAGAUCCUGGGGAAGAGCGAGGAAGUGCUUAAAGCCGAAGAGAAAGCCAAGAUGGUGCUGUCCCACCCGGCCAACUUCGGCCCGAAGAAGUACUACUUGAGGGAGUGCAUGUGCGAGGUGGAGGGCCAGGUGCCCUGCCCGGGGCUGGUGCCGCUGCCCAAGGAAAUGACGGGAAAAUAUAAAAGUAAAAUGAAAGCGGAGAGCGCGGUGUGAGCCCCUCCCCCAAGCUGCUAUGGAUGAGUAUGUGGAAGCCGGACUAUUAUUUAAUGAUCACCCAGCUCCAGAGUGCUCCUUACCCACCAGGACACAUUCUUGUAUAGUUACAUUUUUAUUGUCUGCCUGGAUUGGUCGAAUAUUUUUCUAUACUCCUGUUAAAUUAAAAGUCAUCAGUUCUA